AUGCUACAGCAAAUUUUGCGUGAUAUGUAUAUUGACCCUGAGCUCCUGGCAGAGCUGAAUGAAGAGCAAAAGCAGAUCUUGUUCUACAAAAUGAGAGAAGAGCAGCUGAGGCGCUGGAAGGAGAGGGAAGAAAAAGCACAAAUGGAGGAGGCCGUGCUCAGAAAGACAGCAAGGCACAAACAGAGUAAUGGCAAACACGUGCAGUGGCUACGUGGGAAGGAUGGUGAGGUCUGGGUCUGGGUUAUGGGAGAAGCCACAGGUGACAAGCCGUAUGAACAGAUAUCAGAGGAGCUAAUAGCAGAGCGAGCCAGGCAACAAGCACAGAAGGAGGCGGAAGAACUAUGGAGACAAAAGGAGGCUGAAAUUACAAAGAAAUUCCGAGAUGCUAUGGCUCAAGAAAAAGCCAGAAUAGUGGCAGAAAAAUGGAAAAUAGAAAUAGAAGAUCGGAAAGCUGCCAAAUUGGAGGAGGAAAAAAUUCAGGAGGAACUGAAGAAAAGAGAAGAAGAGGAAAGACAAAAGGGUGAAGAACAAAUAAGGCAGCAGGAAGAAAUUCGAGCAAAAGAGUUGUAUCUGAGCCUCAAGCAAGCUCAGCAGCAUAGUCAUCACAGCGACGAUGACCAGGAGUGGGAAGAACAGUUGCGCCGCUCCAAAGCUGCAGAUGAGGAAAGGAGUCACAAAGCACGCAGGGCUCGGGAUGAAUACCGACGACAAUCUUUGCGUGCCAUCCAGAAGGGAAGAGUGGCUGGUCUGAGUAAUUUGUUCCAGGGGACAAGCCUGAAUAAUGAUCAGGAAAUAAAACUGAACAACAGUGCAAGUCCUUUGCUGUCUCUCUCUGCAGCAUCCAGUAACAUAUGGGAGCGUCCUUCUAGACCCUUUUCCCGAGAUGUCAUCAUUCGCUGGUUCAAGGAAGAGCAGAUCCCUCGACGUGCUGGGUUUGAGAGGAACACCAACAGGAUUGCUCAAUGGUUUCAUGGUAUUAUCAGCCGCCAGGAAGCAGAAGAGUUGUUGAUGAAUAAGUCUGAAGGAACAUUCCUGGUGCGAGUCAGUGAGAAAAUCUGGGGCUAUGCGUUGUCUUAUCGCCAGCAAAGUGGGUUCAAACACUUCCUGGUUGAUGCUUCAGGGGAUUUCUACAGUUUCUUGGGGGUAGAUCCAAACCGACACGCAACACUGACAGAUCUUAUCGAUUUUCACAAGGAAGAAAUCAUCACAUCCUCAGGUGGGGAGCUACUACUGGAGCCAUGUGGACAGCAGAAGAAUCCACCAGACUACAGCCCUUUAUUUGAAUAA